CAACACUUCUGCAAACAACCUUGAAUUAUCGGCUGCCACUGGCCAUUCGUUACGGCCUUGCCGUCUUACCAAUAUCUUACGCCGCUCUACAUGCCGCACAAGCGUGCCAAACGAGCUGUUCGUGAACGAGAGAAAUCCCUGAAAGGUGUCAACCUGCCACCAAAGCACCUUGGGAAUGAGGAUACGGUGCCAAAGUCUGUGUCUCGCAUUCUAAAUGCCGAAAAAAUUCGUCACGAAUUCAGAGAGAAGAAGCGGAAAAUCGAUGAGCCCAACGGCGAUGGAAGCCCUCAACCAAAACGAAGGCGGCCGACUAGCGAUGUGAACAGUCGGAAGGAGGAGAUGCUAAAGAUUAAGCCCGGAGAAACUAUAGCUCAUUUUAACAAGCGAGUCGAGAGUAGCAUGAUGCCGCUCAUUAGAACAGCGAUGCAGCAGUCAUCAGCACAGGUCCGCAGAGUCCAGAAGCAUGAAAUUGAGCAGGGAGUUGCCAAAUCUGCCCCUGCACAGGUCAAGACGAUUAUUAAAAAAGCUAGCCGCGCAGACGUUUCAAAUUCAUUGACGCCCACAUCGACCAAUACGCCCCCUAGCCAUGCAGAUGUUGCGAAUAUAUCGCCACUUACAUCGACCAACACACCCCAGCGGCAGCCUCGUGAUAAACCUAAAGAGUUUCGUGUAUCUUCAACUUCAGCACCGCGCCGUCUAAACGAUAUUGCACAAGAGCCACCACGGUUUGGUAAACUGCCUCGGGGUGCCCAAUCAGGAAAAGACUCUUCGAAAGAGAAAGUCGCGGGGAUACUGAGCAUGGCACAAAAGGCAAUGAUGGAAGAAGAAAGAGAAAACGUCAUCAAACGUUACCGGGAACUGAAAGCUAAGAAGUUGCGUAGUGAUGGCAGCGGCGCAGUGGGCGGGUGAGGCUAAGUCGAUCA